AUGUCGAUGAGCCAGGCCUCAAAUAAGUCUCUAGUUCAGGGAGGACCAGAGCCGUUAAUACCAUGGAACAACCCUUAUGACCCCAUCAAUUAUCAUGCUUUUCAACAGUUCAAUCUCAUUUCCCAGUGUGUCAUCAAGCCGCUGUUCCUGCUGCCAGGUAUUCCAUCGAAUGUGGUCAACUGCUUGGUGUUCUGGCGACAGGGACUCAGGGACCGUAUCAACCUCUGCCUCUUCUGCCUGGCACUAGCAGACUUGUUGUACUUGUUGUCUCUGAUUGCCAUCACGCAGAUUGGUCCCUUUGCAGAGUUGGUCAAUGAACUUCUGGGAAAAGAAAUUUAUUAUAAAUCCGUGCAGUACGGAAUAUGGUUCAGAUCCGAAAUGAGGACCAUGUCCGGCUGUAUCACCCUGGUGCUGUCUAUUGAACGGUGUGUAUGCGUUUAUUUCCCCCUCCGCGCAGCUUCCCUAAUGAAAACGCGCAGCAUGGCGGCGCUGUUGUCGUCCAUCUACGUCAUCACGCAAGGAGGCUUUGUCUACAGUUUCUUCCGGUACGAGGUCACCGUCAAACGCAACAACAUGACCAACCAGGUCAUUUCCUGGAACCUGGAUCUGUCGACCACUCACCGAAGUAACUACACUCUAUUCAGGACGCUAGAAAUUUUGCUUUUAACUGUCUUACCUCUCUGCAUUUUCGCAACAAUCUGCCUGGCCACCUCUCUAACCAUCGUGAAGCUGAGGGCCGCCAUCUUGUGGCGACAGACGACAAGCUCCAGCAGCAGCGACAGCCACGCCCAGCAGGUGAUGCUCAUCAAGAUGUUGGUGCUGGUGUCGUGUCUGUACAUUGUAGGCGGCACACCUUAUGUCAUACUUCUACUUCUCUCAGCGUUCCUACCGGGUUUCGACCUCGGGGGUCGAUACCAGAACAGCUUCCUGACUAUGGGUGUGCUGGCAGUAAUAUUCACGUGUUUCAACAGUUCUUUCAACUGUGUUAUUUAUUAUCGACAGUCCUCGCGCUACAGAACCGAGGUUCAGGCGAUGUAUUGCUGUAAACGUUCGAAGGUUGGAUGA